AUGUCUCCACGCGGUAUACUGAAGAACGCCCCCCACGAGGAGGAAACUCCUGUUGAGACGCCCGACGCGGGCACUCCCGACGUGCAGGAAUUCGACAGACAAAAGGUGAUCGAGAACACGCUGCUCAACUCAAAGCUGUUCCGAGACUCGUCGUCCAAGGGCGACAUCAUCAGGUCCCAGAUUCAGGAGCAGAAACGCCGCCAGUCGCACUCGGGAAGUCUGGAGCAUCUGCAAUGGGACGAGAAGAACAUAUUGAUCAACGAGCAGGAGAAGUCUGCCACCAUGAAGAUAGACGAGCCAAAGACUCCGUAUGAGGGCGGAUUUGAUCCCAACAACGACUACUACCGCACAGACAACGAGGACGAGGACCAUCUGGACGAUUUCGAUCUUGGAGAAGGUGCCGGCGACGACGCACCGUUGAAAAACGACGACAGAAUCGAAGUUGUGGCCCAGGAACAAGAAAACCAGCCAGAGGAGAAAGAACAAGAAGAACAAGAAGAACUGACUCCUGAACAGAAACACAAGCUGUUUGAAGAAAGACGAAAACAACACUACCAUCUAAAAGCCAAUCCAUUGAAAAAACCUAUCCAGGUGAGAGAAGAAGAAGAAUGA